UCUUUUGUGAGAACAGGCAGAGAGCCCAAGAAUAGGUAAAGCAGUAGCUCUCAGGAAUGGGUUGUAAUGUUGUGAUUUUUUUUUUUUUUUUUUACGUUGUGGUUUUUGACAGAUGUUCAAGGUGACUAAUUUUCAUGGGCAGAUCUCCAGUCCCUUUGAGGUGGCGGGGUUGGAUCAGGGUUGCUCAGCCCCAGCAUUGCCGAUGUUGGGUGAGCCGUCUGUUGCAGGGGCCCGUCCUGUGUGUUGGAGGAAGUGUAGCAGCACUCUGACCUCUACCCACUAGAUGCCAGUAGCAUCCUCCCAAAAAAGGCUCCAGCCUCGCCUGGCGUCCCCUGCUGAGAUCAGUUGCCCCCAGUUGAGAACCACUGGGUUAGACCCAGCAGUCUCUUCCAAGUUUGUUCCUGCGGUUGUGUGAGUUGUUUUGUGUAUGUUUCACUUCGGCACCGAAGUUGGUGGCCCUGUGGUCAGCAGAGCUGUCCCCGAUGUUUCCACUUCUCCUUCGUUGUCGGGUAGGGAGUGUGAGAACUAACUGAUGGUCUCUGUCUCUGCCCAGUGCGUUACAUACAUGAUCUAAUGACAGCGUAGGACCGGGACCCUCUGCUGGACUCAUUCCUUGGUGAAAUUGACACCUGUGGUAUGUGUCCCUUGCUGCCCAGACCUCUCUCUACAUGAUCUCCGUAACCCUUUGCCCACCACCGCUGGCUUCUGUCUGGUUUCUGUCCUCAGUCAGCCUUGCAUCUCUUCCAGCCAUCACUGCUUUCCAGGUUUCUCUCUUCCCCAUUCAGUGGGCUCCUCUGUGUAACAUACAAAACAUGGCCAAGUCCCAGCGGUGCAGAGUUGUUGGGAUGUGUGUUUUCUUCUCAUUUAAGUUUUCUCCUUGAAAGAAAAAAAAAGAAAAAUUGCAGUCAGGGCUUAAAUUGUGGUUACUCUUGGAGCCUCUAACCCUCUUGGCCUUGUAACAUUUAGGAAAUAUUAAAUGUCCCUUUCUUUCAUGUCUAUAAAUAAACCAAUAGCCUAGAAAGUUUUAUAUUAAACUUUGAGCCUUUUUGAGAACCACCAAGAGCUUCAUGACCCACAGACAGCCUGAUCCUGGCCACGUUCCAUUAAGAAAGACUUGCCUGGAAUGGUGGUGGUGGUGGUGGUGGUUUUAUUUAUUUAUUUUUUAACUUGUGUGUUGUGGCUUAAAAUGGUGUUGAUCACUCAGCUGUUGCCUAGCUUGAAGGGAGGAAACAGCCUCUUAAGACAUUGCCCCCUCCCCUUAAAACAGAAAAACAGGAUAUGCUCCAAAGCAGCCCUGGAAAAUGGAGAGCUCAGGGCUGAACAAGCGUGUGGAGUAGCAGCGCCGGCCAGGAGCGCUCUGUUAGCAGGCAUCCAUCUGCGAUGCCUUGGAAGGCAUGUGGGGAAACAUCAGGAAACCUGAAAAUUCCUCCGCGGAAAUUACUCAGGGGAGCAGCAGAGCAGGAUUGUUGGAGGCUGGCAGCGAUGAGGAUCGCAAGUUAAACCACAGCUUAAGUGAGAGUUUUUUCAUGGUGAAAGGAGCAGCCCUCUUCUUACAACAGGGAAGCAGCCCUCAAGGCCAGCGGAGUCUUCAGCAUCCCCACAAGCAUGCAGGGGACCUGCCUCAACAUCUUCAAGUAAUGAUCAACCUUCUGCGUUGUGAAGAUAGAAUCAAGCUGGCCGUGCGCUUGGAGAGCGCCUGGGCUGAGCGGGCCCGCUACAUGGUGGUGGUGGACAGCAGCGGGCGCCAGGACACGGAGGAGAGUAUCCUGCUGGGAGUCGACUUUUCCAGUAAGGAAAGUAAAAGCUGUACCAUUGGGAUGGUUCUCCGACUGUGGAGCGACACAAAAAUCCACCUUGACGGAGACGGUGGAUUCAGCGUCAGCACGGCAGGAAGGAUGCACAUCUUCAAGCCCGUGUCUGUCCAGGCCAUGUGGUCUGCCCUGCAGGUCCUCCACAAGGCCUGCGAGGUGGCACGCAGGCACAACUACUUCCCCGGGGGCGUGGCGCUGCUCUGGGCCUCCUACUACGAGAGCUGCAUUGGCUCCGAGCAGAGCUGCAUCAACGAGUGGAACGCCAUGCAGGACCUGGAGUCCACGAGACCCGACUCUCCCGCCCUAUUCGCGGACAAGCCAACUGAAGGGGAGAGGACUGAGCGUCUCAUCAAAGCCAAACUCCGGAGCAUCAUGAUGAGUCAGGACCUGGAGAACGUGACGUCCAAGGAAAUCCGUAAUGAAUUAGAGAAACAGAUGAACUGUAACUUGAAAGAAUUCAAGGAAUUCAUAGACAACGAGAUGCUCCUUAUCUUGGGACAGAUGGACAAGCCCUCCCUCAUCUUCGACCAUCUUUAUCUCGGCUCUGAAUGGAAUGCAUCCAAUCUGGAGGAACUGCAGGGCUCAGGUGUUGACUACAUUUUAAACGUCACUAGAGAAAUAGAUAAUUUUUUCCCUGGCUUAUUUGCGUAUCAUAACAUCCGAGUCUAUGAUGAAGAGACCACAGACCUCCUCGCCCACUGGAACGAAGCGUACCAUUUUAUAAACAAAGCAAAGAGGAACCACUCCAAGUGCCUGGUACAUUGCAAAAUGGGCGUCAGUCGCUCUGCUUCCACGGUCAUAGCCUACGCGAUGAAGGAAUUUGGCUGGCCCCUGGAGAAAGCCUACAACUACGUGAAGCAAAAACGCAGCAUCACACGCCCCAACGCGGGCUUUAUGAGGCAGCUGUCUGAGUAUGAAGGCAUCUUGGACGCCAGCAAACAACGGCACAACAAGCUGUGGCGCCAGCAGCCUGUGGAUGACCCAGCGGGGCCUGGGGACUUCCUGCCAGAGACCCUGGACGGCACCCCGGAAGCCCAGCCACCCUGCCUGGAUGCCGCCGCCCAGCCUGGGUUCCCAGGCAGCGGGACCCCGGGGGGACCCGCUCUCCCCUGCUGUCUCCGGCGACUCUCAGACCCCCUGUUGCACUGCCCCAGAGACGAGACGGGCGGCUGGGUCCACCUGGAGGAUCUGGAGAGGGAUGCUCUGCUGGAAGAAGCCGCUCAGCCGGCAGAGGCAUCCAAGCCGGCCGGACACGCCCCAGGAGGUCCUGGACUCUGUGAGAAGGAAGUGAAGAAGAAACUAGAGUUUGGGAGCCCCCACGCCCGGGGUGGCGCGUCGCCACAGGUGGAGGAGAUGGAAAGGGAGGAGGCCCCGGGAGCAGGGAAGUGGGGGCAGCCUGUUACUGAGCUCGAUAACCUGCUGAAUUGGGAAAACCUAAAUAACAAUAACAGCAAGAGGAGCUGCCCGGACGACUUCGAGCAUGAUGCGAUCUUUGGGAUCCUUAACAAAGUGAAGCCUUCCUACAAAUCCUGUACCGACUGCAUGUACCCUGCAGCCAGCGGGAUUCCCGAGGCCUUCGGGGAGCGAUGCAAGAACCCCAGUGCUCCCGCCAUCUGCACCCAGCCCACCUUCCUGCCCCACCUCACGUCUUCCCCCAUGGCCCAUGUGGCCAGCAGGUCCCGAGCUUCAGAGAAACUGUCCUCUGGCCCAACCGAAACUCCCCCAUUCCUACCACCAGCAGGCUCGAGGAGGCCAGACAUCAGUGGCCCUGGGGCCGGGGCUGCCCCAGAGCUACCAGCCAGCCUUUUGGAACCUUCCAGAGAGACUCACAAAGUCCUACCAAAGUCCCUCCUUUUGAAGAAUUCUCACUGUGUUAAGAACGCUCCCAACAUGGAAGUAGCGAAGGACGACUCGCCACCCAAGAAAGAUCCGAAGCCAGCCAAGGACCUGCGGCUGCUGUUCAGUAAAGAAGCCGAGAAACCGACAGCCAACAGCUACUUGAUGCAGCACCAGGAAUCCAUCAUCCAGCUGCAGAAGGCGGGCUUGGUCCGCAAGCACACCAAAGAACUAGAGAGGCUGAAGGGCACGCCGGCCGACCUGGCGGCCCCCUGCAAGGAUGGCCCCGCCAGCAGGCUGGAGGCCAGCAUCCCCGAGGAGAACCAGGACCCGGCUCUGCCUGGCCAAGCCCAGGGCGACGAGAAGCCCGAGGCUGGCCCCCCUCUGUCAGAAGGAGCCCCACUGAAGAGCCCCCCGCUCUUCCUCUGCCGCCCAGACCACACCAGUCACUUCUCAAAAGACUUCCUGAAGACCAUCUGCUAUACCCCGACCUCAUCCUCCAUGAGCUCCAACCUGACCCGGAGCUCAAGCAGCGACAGCAUCCACAGCGUCCGCGGGAAGCCCGGGUUGGUGAAGCAGCGCACGCAGGAGAUCGAGACCCGGCUCCGGCUGGCGGGCCUCACGGUCUCGUCCCCGCUCAAGCGCUCUCACUCCCUCGCCAAGCUCGGGAGCCUCAACCUCUCGACGGAGGACCUGUCCAGUGAGGCCGACGUGUCCACCGUGGCUGACUCCCAGGAUGCCAGGUUGAGCGAGUCUUCCUUCUUGCAUGAGCCCCCAGUGGCCCCCAGGAACCCAACUGCAACCUCUAAACCAUCAGGGAAAUCUGCCCCGGAAAACUUGAAAAGCCCUUCGUGGAUGAGCAAAAGCUGACCCGCCUUUGGCUGCGUUUGGACUUCUGUGAUCCCUCCUUUAGUUUCACUGUGGAUUUUGGUCCACCCCUUCUGUCUUGAUUUCCUUUAAAUAAUUGGCGUUAUCCUUACUUUUCCUCCCCUCUUGCGGCAAAGGGGAGAAGAAGAAACAACAAUACCUAACAUACAGCACAAGAAGAAAGGGGAGCAUUGGUUUUGUGGCCUGGGGGAACCAGCAGCUGUUGACCAGUAGACUCUGACUCCAAAUGAGGUGUUCCGGGUGCUUCUCGUGUGUUGAGAAGAGCAUUUAUACAGCGAUGCACACACAUCAAAAAUCCUCUGGCACAGGGCUUCCCUGGUGGUGCAGUGGUUAAGAAUCCGCCUGCCAAUGCAGGGGACACGGGUUCGAGCCCUGGCCCGGGAAGAUCCCACAUGCCGCAGAGCAACUA